AUGUCGUCGAUAGCCUCCGUCGUAGCCCGCGCCCUCUCCCCCGUCCCCGACGUCUUUUCCGUCGCCGGUGGAUUGGACAUUCAGUCCGACCAUGCAGCCGUCGCCCGCCGAGCCGCCCUUCAAGGCGCUCGAACGGUGGACGCGUUGAUCGACUUAGUCCCUGGUGACUUUGUCGAAGUUCUCCGCGAGCCCCUUCGGGGCGUUGCCGGCACGACUAACAAGUUGUGCUCGGCGCGGCUCACUCUGGUAAAGUGGGAAGCCCAUAAAAAGGCUGGAACAAUGCCCGCGCACUUGUUUAGGCAAGCGCCCGAAGUCCAGCUUACCGCGGACUACGGCUCCUCCCCCGAAGCUUUGCUUCACCGUAAAAACCUUGAGGACGCCCAUAAAGCGUACCUCACCGGUCUCCUUGAUACGGCUAUUGCAGCCAAAAAGGAUGACAUUAGGUUUUUGGAGGCGGCAAUCACCCCCGAAAAGUUGUACGAGCGGCUAUCGCCAAUCGUUAUCGAACGAGGCCAGGUAGUGCUUCGCAACCGCCGUGUUGCGAACAUUCGGUUCUCUGCCGACAACAAAGUAGAGGGUUUGGUCUGGGUGGAAGACGCUCAGAAGGUCGCGGAGUGCAAGAAUUUGCUGGCCGACGUUGUAGUGUAUGCUUUCCGAGUCAUCUCCAUUGUGGAGUUGGCUUCGCAUGCAACGUCGGCGAAACAAGACCGAAAGAAAGCAUUGGCCAAGGCAGCGGACGUGGAGAUGGCAGAUGCCACCCGGGCCGGCCCCUCGAUACAAUCGAUGGUCGACCGAGCAGUCGCCGCUCGCCUUAAGCAGGUUGAUAGGAAGCCGGGCCGUCGGAGUGUG